AAUAUUCAACUUGUUUUUCAAAUAAGUUUCAUUCCAUCUUCUCCAAUAAAUCUUUUGUCACUUACACUUUUUAUUUGCAGAUGUUUUCCAUUUAAUAUCUCUGCAAUUUGAUCAUCACUUUCCACCCUUUGUGUGUUUUUUUCUCUCGAUUGCUGCUUGAAAGACAAUAAGAUGGAUACCGAUCAUCUAAGAACUCUCGUAGGAGUACUCGGGAACAUUAUAUCCGGCAUUCUCUUUCUCUCCCCUAUCCCAACAUUUCUGAGGAUUAUCAAGGCAAAAUCAGUCCAAGCCUACAAGCCAGAUCCCUAUGUUGCCACUCUUCUCAAUUGUUCAGUGUGGAUGUUCUAUGGUCUCCCAAUCGUUCAUCCUGAUAGUCUUUUGAUCAUUACAAUCAAUGGUGCUGGAUUCAUCAUUGAAGCUGUUUUCAUCACGAUCUUCUUCACCUAUUCUACUUGGGGUGGUCGAAAAAAGCUCUUGAUGGUUCUCAUUUUCGAGGUCGUUUUUGUUGCUGGAGUUGUCGUAGUUACAUUGAUGUGCUUCCACACAUACGAAUCAAGAUCUAUGGUUGUUGGAUUAAUUUGCAUCGUUUUCAACAUUCUCAUGUAUGCGUCUCCAUUGACUGUCAUGAGAAUGGUGAUUAAGACAAAAAGUGUCAAGUACAUGCCAUUCCCCUUGGCGCUUGCUAGCUUCGCCAACUCAAUUGUUUGGUGUGGUUAUGCUCUGCUCAAAUUUGAUCCCUACAUCUUGGUUCCAAAUGCUCUAGGGAGUAUCUCGUCUAUAAUUCAACUCGUACUGUAUGCAACCUACUACAGCACCACCAAUUGGGAUGAUGACGAUGAUAUUCAAAUGUCAGGAUCUUCCAAAGCGUAAGCAUAUAAAUCCAAGUAAUAAUUAAGCAUCGGCGUAUAUGGAUUCAAGGGAAACUAAACAUGUAUGCAUGUUUUCGGUUUUAUGUUACUUACGACAUAAGAUGUAAGGGGUGGCACUGAGAGUUAUUGUAACCAGCAGUGGUUUUUUGUAUCCCUACAUAAUUGGGGGGAUUUUUUGAAACUUAAAGGUUUAGUGUGAGAGUUCAUGCAUGUUCCAAAGGAUAACAAUUCGAUUGAUUUGAAAUAAAAG